AGUGACGGCCACAUGGUAACGCGGAUCCCGGGCGUGUGUUAAUCGCUCUUGGUGUUCCACGCAGAUUUUGGCUUCCGACGUGUGCAAGAUGAAGAUUGAGGAGGUGAAGAGCACGACGAAGACGCAGCGCAUUGCCUCCCACAGCCACGUGAAGGGGCUGGGGUUGGACGAGAGCGGCUUGGCCAAGCAGGCGGCCUCGGGGCUCGUGGGCCAGGAGAACGCGCGAGAGGCAUGUGGUGUGAUAGUAGAAUUAAUUAAAAGCAAGAAAAUGGCUGGAAGAGCUGUCUUGUUGGCAGGACCUCCUGGAACUGGCAAGACAGCUCUAGCUCUGGCUAUUGCUCAGGAGCUGGGUAGUAAGGUGCCUUUCUGCCCCAUGGUGGGGAGUGAAGUUUACUCUACGGAGAUCAAGAAGACAGAAGUGCUGAUGGAGAACUUCCGCAGGGCCAUUGGGCUACGGAUAAAGGAAACCAAGGAGGUUUAUGAAGGCGAAGUCACAGAGCUAACUCCAUGUGAGACAGAGAACCCGAUGGGGGGUUAUGGUAAAACCAUUAGCCAUGUAAUUAUAGGACUCAAAACGGCCAAAGGAACCAAACAAUUGAAACUGGACCCCAGCAUUUUUGAAAGUUUGCAGAAAGAGCGAGUGGAGACUGGAGAUGUGAUUUAUAUUGAAGCCAACAGUGGAGCUGUGAAGAGACAGGGCAGGUGUGAUACGUAUGCCACAGAAUUUGACCUUGAAGCUGAAGAGUAUGUCCCCUUGCCAAAGGGGGAUGUGCACAAGAAGAAAGAAAUCAUCCAGGAUGUGACCUUGCAUGACUUGGACGUGGCCAAUGCCCGGCCCCAGGGUGGACAAGACAUCCUGUCUAUGAUGGGCCAGUUAAUGAAGCCAAAGAAGACAGAAAUCACAGACAAACUUCGAGGGGAGAUUAACAAGGUGGUGAACAAGUACAUUGAUCAGGGCAUUGCUGAGCUGGUUCCAGGUGUGCUCUUUAUUGAUGAGGUCCACAUGCUGGACAUUGAGUGCUUCACUUACCUGCACCGGGCCCUGGAAUCUUCAAUUGCCCCCAUCGUCAUCUUUGCAUCUAACCGAGGCAACUGUGUCAUCAGGGGCACUGAGGAUAUCACCUCACCUCAUGGUAUCCCUCUUGACCUUCUGGACCGAGUAAUGAUCAUCCGUACCAUGUUGUACACUCCACAGGAAAUGAAACAGAUCAUUAAAAUCCGUGCCCAGACAGAGGGAAUCAACAUCAGUGAGGAGGCGCUGAAUCACCUGGGGGAGAUCGGUACCAAGACCACUCUGAGGUACUCAGUGCAAUUGCUGACUCCAGCCAACUUGCUUGCUAAGAUCAACGGGAAGGACAGCAUUGAGAAAGAGCACGUUGAGGAGAUCAGUGAGCUCUUCUAUGAUGCCAAGUCAUCAGCCAAAAUCCUGGCUGACCAGCAGGAUAAGUACAUGAAAAAAAUUUCAAAGGUAUUGGGGACAAAUCAAAUGUGGUACACCAAUAAAAAAAAUGCACAGCAUAACUACCUAAGAUAAGCAAGGCUAAGAGCUACUGUCCGACAUUUUAACACACAGCAACCCUCUUCCCAAGAUUGUACUAGGCCUAUCAAGAAAAGCUG